AUUUUCUAAUAGGCCAGAUUUAUUUAUUUAUUUAUUUUUUAUCGAUUCUACAUUUGAAAGAUAGCAUGAUGCAUAUAGUGCCUAUCAGUUUAUAUCGCCACUGUGACCUUGGAAAAAUCACUCUGGAUAAGAACGUAUGCCAAAUGAUGAUAAUACUUAUUUAUCGUAACAGUAAUGCGUUUUCAUUGCUGUUGUGCGCUUCGAACGUAAGAUUAAUGUUCAGCACUCGGGGCCAGUUGCUGACAGGAUAGCGAGUGGACGUGUUCAUUAUCUAAGCCCAGCGUUUCUCGGCUGGACACACUAUGUGUCGCGGGCCUCUUUCCAGCUGAGAGCUGCGAGUUAGGACUGACUGAGCUGUUGAAUGCUGAUCUGUAUCUGAUUUCACCUAACUGGCUAGCCGCUCUGAGUCCCGUGCAAAAGCAGUCCUGGGAGAAUUUGUGCAGGAGCAAAAAGGUACAAGCAAAGGUGUUUCUUUAAGCCAUCUGUGUUCAUUUGUGUGUCGUAAACGCAUUAGUAAUACGGACAGGUAUUCAAGUUAAUUAAGAGUUAUUAGUUCUUCAGUAUGGCUGGGAACAAUUAAUUUAAUCACUGGCCUUAACUGAGACAGCUGCCUCAAAUUUGUUAAAGGGGCAUAUUCCCAAAAGUAUGGCAAAUAAACGCCCUUACCUUUCUGUCAGCACAAAUGCACCUCAGCAACACACUUCUUCCACAAAGAAAUAACUGAGGACACGGCAAAUAAAGGCCAGUUUUCACUUAACGGCUAAAUCAAGCUGAAUUAACGGGGAGCUCGUUUGGAAUGAGAGCCAGAAACGUACAGUGUCACCGCCCCGCCCCUCCAUACCAAAAUGGAGGAGCGCCAGUUCAGAGCACCAGGCGGCAGCUGUUAAAGUAAUGGACACCAUGGCUGUGAGCACCUCGGCGCUGGGUCCGGACGAGUUUGACCGCAAUGUGCCGCGCAUCUGCGGCGUCUGCGGAGACAAGGCCACAGGCUUCCACUUCAACGCCAUGACCUGCGAGGGCUGCAAGGGCUUCUUCAGACGCAGCAUGAAGCGCAAGGCCAGCUUCACCUGCCCUUUCAACGGCAGCUGCACCAUCACCAAGGACAACCGGCGGCACUGCCAGGCCUGCCGGCUCAAGCGCUGUGUGGACAUCGGCAUGAUGAAGGAGUUCAUCCUCACAGAUGAGGAGGUGCAGAGGAAGAAGGAUCUGAUCAUGCGGCGGAAGGAGGAGGAGGCGGCGCGGGAGGCGCUGAAGCCCCGCCUGAGCGAGGAGCAGAGCCAGGUGAUCGCCACUCUGGUGGAGGCGCACCACAAGACCUACGACGAGUCCUACUCCGACUUCACCCGCUUCCGGCCACCGGUGCGGGAGGGCCCAGUGACGCGCAGUGCCAGCCGUGCAGCCUCGCUCCACUCGCUGUCCGAUUUCUCCUCAGACUCCUUCAACCACUCCCCAGAGUCGGUGGAUAUGAAGCUGAUGAACUUCAGCAGCCUCCUGAUGAUGUACCAGGAGAACGGCGGCAGCCCCGAGUCCAGCGAGAGCGAAACCCCCAACCUGUCCAUGCUGCCCCACCUCGCCGACCUCGUUAGCUACAGCAUCCAGAAGGUCAUCGGUUUCGCCAAAAUGAUCCCGGGGUUCAGGGAGCUGACCGCGGACGACCAGAUCGCGCUGCUCAAGUCGAGCGCCAUCGAGAUCAUCAUGCUGCGCUCCAACCAGUCCUUCAACCUGGAGGACAUGUCCUGGAGCUGUGGCGGGCCCGACUUCAAGUACUGCAUCAGCGACGUCACCAAAGCGGGCCACACCCUGGACCUGCUGGAGCCGCUGGUGAAGUUCCAGGUCGGCCUUAAGAAGCUUAACCUCCAUGAAGAGGAGCACGUGCUCCUCAUGGCCAUCUGCCUGCUCUCUCCUGAUCGGCCGGGAGUGCAGGACCACGCCCGCAUCGAGUCGCUGCAGGACCGGCUGUCGGAGGUGCUGCAGGCCUACAUCCGCGUGCACCACCCGGGUGGCCGUCUGCUCUACGCCAAGAUGAUCCAGAAGCUGGCAGACCUGCGGAGCCUGAACGAGGAGCACUCCAAGCAGUACCGCUCACUGUCCUUCCAGCCCGAGCACAGCAUGCAGCUCACGCCGCUCGUCCUCGAGGUCUUCGGCAGCGAGGUGUCCUAGCUCCACCCCCCCGCGCCAGGCCGCCCCGCCCAGAGGACACAGCA